AUGGUGAUGCAGCUCGAAUCGGCAGGAGUGGUGCCAGGGGGGAACGAGAAACUGGAUAUCGACGAGAUUGACACAUGGAAGACGGCCUUCGCACGAGCGAGACUGGAGGCUUGCACCCUUCUCCUGCCUGAGUGGCGGGGCACUCUGGAGCUGCCGUCGCACCAGUCGAUUCUGCGCGGCUUCCACGCGACACCUUGUGCGGACUUCCAGAAGGGCUACUGUGCGCUUCACCGCGUGCGUGGGAAAACAUCCUUGUGUUUCUGCUUCCAUUUCGACUCCCAGCGUCGCCGUGCUCCCAUCGACGAAGCUGGUCGGCUGAGGUACUGGGACGUUGCCUGCCACAGUCUGACCACGGGAACACCCUGCGUCGAUGGCGAGGAUUGCGUCUUCGCGCAUAGCCGUGACGAGAUUUCAUACCAUCCAGCAAAGUACAAGACGAGGAGGUGCAACGGAAAGGGCUGCCGUGGGCAGGAGAUCUGCUGCUUUGCACAUGGAGAGGAGCUGCGGGGUUGGGCUCCGGAACUCUACUCCUACUGGCUGUUGGUCUAUGGAGGCCGUCGGGGCGUCACCGGUGCUGGUGAUGACCUCAGGACGCAGCCUAUCGGGGCACGGCGCAAGGUUCGCUUUUGCGCCUCCUACCCGGACGUCUCCCAGUGCCGUCGCGGGGCUGCCUGCGAAUUCGCCCAUGCCAGAGAGGAGUGCGCCACAGAGCUGUUGACAGCUGAGCAAGAGCAGCAGGUUCCCGAAGCAUUGACCGAAGACUUCUUCAUGUACAAGUACAAGACGCUCUGGUGCCCCAUCGGGGUACAGCACGACUGGCAGACCUGCGUCUAUGCCCACAACUACCAGGAUGCCCGACGCCACGUCUCCAUCGGCUACGGGCCGCAGCCGUGCCCACACUGGGCCAAGAAAGACCCCAGCUUGCCGUACCACGAGCGCUGCCCGAAGGGCUUGCGCUGUCCCUAUGCGCACGGUGCCAAAGAGCAGCUCUACCAUCCGCGCUACUUCAGAACCGUGGUCUGCCGUGAUGUGCGCUCCAAGGCCUGUCCCCGAGCGCACUUGUGCGCCUUCUUCCAUCGACGGGCAGAACGCCGACGGCUGGCCAGCGACGACGAUACGGACUACAGCAGACCUUUGGCUGAGGAGGCAUGGGAUGCGCUUGAGCCGCCGCAUUGA